CGAAACUCAACCCCCUUCUCCAAAAUCCCUAUAAAUUCCUCUGUCUAUGAUUCACCAUCUUCUCAAUAAUCCGAGAUUUUUUUAUCUCGAUUACUACGUUCAAUCUUUUGCAACUUCAAUUUUCUUUGAUAAUGGUGACACUAAAUCAAAGAGCUUGUGCUUUGGUCUUCUUCAUCUUUAUCCUAACCUCUGCCAUAGCGCAAGAAGUUGAGGAUGAAAGUGAGUUUGAUUACAGAAAAGGGAGCAAGAAAGGGCCAAGUAAAUGGGGAGAUAUUAAGAGAGAAUGGGAGAAGUGCAAGAAUGGCAACAUGCAAUCUCCUAUUGAUUUGUCAAACAAGAGAGUCAAAGUUGUCAAAAGUUUAGGUCAACUUAAAAACAAAUACAAACCCUCCAUUGCUAUUAUCAAGAAUCGAGGCCAUGAUAUUUCGGUUAAGUGGGAGGAAGAUGCUGGAUCAAUCGAGAUUAAUGGCACAGAGUAUCUUCUUCAGCAAGCUCAUUGGCAUUCUCCUUCUGAACAUACUCUUAAUGGAAGGAGUUACGAUUUAGAGGUUCAUUUGGUUCAUCAAAGUUCAAACCCAAAUGCCAAAUAUCCGAUAGCUGUUGUUGGCUUUUUCUACAAGAUUGGCCGUCCUGACUCUUUUCUCUCCAAGCUUACCAGAAAAAUAAAGGCAUUGAAUGAAAAAAAAGAGAUAAAAGCAGGAAUCAUAAACCCAAGAUGGAUAAAAAAUGGUGGAAUGAAGUAUUACAGAUACAUUGGCUCCCUCACUGUCCCUCCUUGUACUGAAGGUGUCAUUUGGAACAUUAACAAAAAGAUAGGAACAGUCUCAGGGAAACAAGUGAAGCUUCUUAGAUCGGCUGUUCAUGAUUCUGCAGAAAAGAAUGCCAGACCAAUCCAACCACAUAAUGGACGACAUGUCGUUCUCUACGACCCAAACCCAACCCACACACUCAACUGAUCAAAUUUAUAGUUCACUUACAAUUUAAUUAAUUAUUUUUCAUUUUAUUUAUCAUGUAUUCUC